AUGCCCGCCUUAAAGAAGUUCGACGCUAACGUGGCUCGCCACGUCAAGCUGAUGAACAAAAACCUCUGUGCAAAUUUAAUACGCCAUGAGUACAUCGUCACCGGCAGGACCAAGGCCAAGAGGGCGCAGGCAAAAAUCGAGGCAUUCUUGGGAAAAGCUUUACACGAAAACAGACAGAUUCAAGACCAACCACUUGAAUAUCGAUUCCAAAAUGUCAGAGCGUUGAACUAUUUGCAGCCGCCAGACAAGAAGGAAGUCGGGUCAAAAGUGCUUGAAGAGCUCAGCAAGAGGUAUACGAACAGAACCCAUGGCUUCACCAGAGUGACCAAGUUAGAGCCUAGACUUGGCGAGGAUAAAGCUCCCAUGGCUAUAUUAGAGCUUGUUGACUCCGAUUUCGAGAUCAAAUUCUGGUACAUCGCAAAGACAGUUGCCAGAUUAGAAUUACAAGGCUUACCCCUCGACCCCUUGACCCAGCACAACGUAGAAAAAUUGACGAAGCUAAGGAAAGAUGGCAAGGAGAGGUUCAGAAACGCAGUCGAGGAGUGCAAGGUUGAAUUCUUCAAAUACGAUCCAGAGGAGGGUCGUGUGACGUCUCCAGAGGUAGAGACCAAUUUACGCAAUAAGCCGGUAGACAGUGAAGUCCAGGCUGGUGUAAAGGCCCCAUGGGCAUCUAAGUCGAGGCUCAAUACGAAACCUCGUCCAGAGAAGAAGACAGUGGAACUUCCCAAAUCUCCAUUUUUGGCAUAA